AUGAAAAUGCUCUUCGCUCCUCGUCGUCGCAGGCGAGACCAUGCUCCUCCUCCCCCUCCACCCUCGCCUCCCCGUUCGGUCCCCAGCGCGGCCCCUCCUACUCGCCACAGCAACCAUGCACUCCUCCUCCUCCUCCCCCUCCCCCUCCCCCUCCCCUUCGGCUCAACCGGCAGCAACUACCCAGAACCCGCCCAAGAGACAGCAAACCGCCAUCGACUAACCAACCGCACCAAGCACUCGCUCACCUCCGGUACGCCCGGUCCCCGGGCCUCGACUGGGCCCACCACCCAACCCCUUCCUCCGCUUCCCCGACCCCGCAGCCUCCGCCUCCGCCUCCCCACAGACGCUCCCCCUCAUCCCUCCGCGCCCCCACGACUCUCCCCACUACCCGCUCCUCUUCGCCUCCCCCCCCUCCUCUGCCCUCCCCUCCCCUCUCUCUCCUCCUCUCCUUCUCCCGCUCUGCUCUUCGACUCCCUCUCCCUCUCCGCCUGGAAGACCACGGGCCUCUCCACAUGGUCCCUCCGCGUAAACCCUAGCAGCGGCAACCUCCACCCCACCGAGGCCCACCUCCUCAUCCCCCCUCUCCCCGAGAGCUCCCCCUUCCCCUCCCCGGUCGUCGCCCACUACUCCCCCAAGGAUCACUCCCUCGAGCCCCGCGCCUUCCUCCCCGCCGACCCCCCGCUGCUGGCUUCGCUCCUUCCUCCUCCUUCCUCGUUGAUGAUCUCGCUCUCCUCCGUCUUCUGGCGCGAAGCCUGGAAGUACGGCGAGCGCGCGCUCCGCUACUGCAACCACGACGCCGGCCACGCUCUCGCCGCGGUCGCCGUCGCCGCCGCCGCACUCGGCUGGGACGCCCGCCUCCUCGACGGCCUCUCCCACGCCGACCUCGAGGCGCUUAUCGGCGUCCCCCAAACCUACCCUCCCCCGCCGGUGCAAUUGCCCGACGGGCCCGUAAGGGGGAAGCUCCCGUGGAUCGAGGCCCAGCACCCGGAUUGCGCUCUCCUUAUCUUCCCCGCCGGGACGAACCCUGCUGUGGAUUACUGCGCCCUACGGUCCGUCUUAGCUUCAAAAUUUUCAUCUUUGCGGUGGCUGGGGAAGCCCAAUUCGCUUAGCAGGGAACAUGUUUGUUGGAAUGUCAUAUAUGAGACCGCCGAGGCGAUCAAGAAGCCGCCUACAGGCGAGCGCUUCUCGAUCAACCCGUUUCGCAGGAGCGCGCUGAUUUCGCAGAACUUGUAUAAGGAUUUCACGGUUCGAGAAGUGGUGCGGAAGCGGAGGAGCGCGGUCGAUAUGGACCGGGUGCAUGUAAUGGAGAGGAACACUUUCUACCAGAUUCUCUUGCAUUGCCUUCCUUCCGGGGAGUUGGGUCACAGAGAGGAGGGUGAGGAGAUAAAAAAGCAGGGGAAGCAGUGCGCAUUGCCGUUUAGAGUUUUGACAUGGGAUGCGGAGGUGCACGCCGCGCUGUUUGUGCACCGGGUCGCAGGCCUGCCCAAAGGGUUGUACUUCCUGGUGAGGAAUGAGGAUCACUUUGAUGCUUUGAAGUGUGCGAUGAGGCCGGAGUUUGAGUGGGAGAGGCCGGAUGGGUGCCCGGAUGGGCUCCCCCUGUAUCGCCUCGCACGAGGGGAUUGCCAAGAACUUGCCAAGCAGCUGUCUUGCCAUCAGGAUAUUGCCUCCGAUGGGUGCUUUAGCCUAGGCAUGGUUGCUCGUUUUGAACCUGUUCUGCGGGAAAAGGGUGCUUGGAUGUAUCCGCGCUUGUUCUGGGAGACCGGCGUCCUUGGUCAAGUGCUAUACCUUGAAGCUCAUGCAGUCGGCAUAUCUGCUACCGGAAUCGGUUGCUACUUUGAUGAUGCUGUUCAUGAGGUCCUCGGCAUAAAAGAUAUGGAGUUUCAGAGUCUCUACCAUUUCACGGUGGGCGGCCCCAUGGUCGACAAGCGGAUCAUGAGCCUUCCUGCAUAUCCAGGUCCAGGAAUUGAUGCUUAAAUCUUCUCCAACGGCAACUAAUAGGCACAAAACUUUGCCAAUACUGGUGACCGAAUCAUAUUUAUCAUAUUCACUGAUAUCUUUUUGUCAACAUUCCUCGUUAACUUUCUGUACUGUAUAUGUGGGGUAGUUCUAACCAGUUGCUACGGUAAGAUGGAUGAGGGUUAAAGGGUUUUGCAUGUAUAGUUUACAGUUAUAUUCAUAUACAAAGUUAUGAAGUUAAAGAUCUGUCCUAAUUUGCAAACUACGGUGUGAUUUCAUUUGAUCUUCAGUUUUCAUAUGUAAAUAUCUCUUUAUA